UUCAUGGCUCAACACUUCAUUUCGGAUGUGCAAAACAUCAGACAAUCAUUCUCCUUAUCUGAUGUUGAUCCAAACAUGGAAAUGAUGAGUCAGUUUCCAGAGUUGAAUCCAGGAGCUUUAGAUUCCUCAAACUUUACGAACGUGCAGCCUUCAAUGGGAUUUUCUUUCCAUGAAAGUAAUAUCAGUCAACUCCUUGAUCAGUUCCCCGGAAAUUUAGCAGAAAACUUCCCUGGCAUUUUCCCUAGCGAUUUCAAGAACGUCCUCUCACUUCCUGAUCCCAUCUGUUCUUCUGCAUAUGAUCAUACCCUUCAUGAAGGUAAGAAAAGGAAAUUAACAGACACCCCGGAAAGUAGUUCAGCUAAUUCAUCUGCUCAAAUCUCCGAAAAUGGAAGCAGAACAAAAAAUUGUUCACAGAUUACAGGAAAAGGAAAAAGGAUAAGAAGCAAUAGGAAGGAUGAAGAGAAACCAAAAGAAGUGGUACAUGUUAGAGCUAAAAGAGGCCAAGCUACCGAUAGUCACAGUUUAGCAGAAAGGGUCAGAAGAGGAAAAAUCAAUGAGAGGCUUAGGUGCUUGCAAGACAUUGUUCCAGGCUGCCACAAGACAAUGGGCAUGGCAGUGAUGUUGGAUGAGAUAAUUAAUUACGUGCAGUCCUUACAAAAUCAAGUUGAAUUUUUGUCCAUGAAGCUUACAGCAGCAAGCAACUUCUACGACUUCAACAGAGAAACAGACACCGUAGAUACACUCCAGAGAGCAAAGGCAUUUGAAGCAAUGAAGAUGCAAAAGCUAAUGAAGGAAGACUUUGAUGGGGUUCCUUCCACUCAACUUGGACCUCUUGACCAGACUUUUGGAUGCUAUCCUUCACUGCCAUUCAACACAUGAAGAUGUUCCAUGUUCCCUAAUCAAAUUUGUCCCACUUGUUAGAGCAAAUCCAAGAAAGGAGAAGAGAAUUGCCCCCACUUGAUUCUAUUCAAUUUUACACAAGCUGAUAUGAAAAUUAUACUUGCAUGAUCAUGCCUCCUCACAAAUGUAGCAAAUUAACCAAUAAUUAAUGAAGUGUACAAUCUCAUUUUUCUUAUUCC